AUGAAGGUGUUCUGUGUUUUACUGUUGAUUGGGGCGGCGUGUGCGGCGCCAGGAGCAAGUAACAAUGAUGCUGUUGAGCUUUUAUCAGGAGUUACGCUUGAGAAGGACGCGCUUGGAAUAGACAAACUAAAUGUAAAGCUGGAACCAGGUGAAUUGAGAGAUGUCAAGAGAACUUUUGAUGAAGCCAGAGGCAAAAUCAAGAAAUACACGCCACUCCUAGCAGGUAUAGGAGUAAAGGUGAUUGCCGUGAUUGGCAUUCUCUUCGGCGCGCUAACUCUCUUAGUUACUAAGGCCCUGGUAGUCGCCAAAAUGGCACUGAUGGCAGCUACAGCUUUAGGACUCCAUAAAAUGUUCAGUGAAGGAGGUUGGAACAGUAUUAGCGGAAAGAUUUCUGGUGUCCAACCAUCACCUCAGGCAUGGCCAUCUCCAUCAGCACAACAGUCUAAUGCAUACCCCUACGCGAGAUCGGUUGACACAGCUAACGAAGCGAAUGAUGUUGCCUAUAGAACGCAAAUACCAUCAUAA